AUGGGUAUUGGAUCCAACCUAACCAAAGAGAAGAAAACCUCUCCAUUGGACAUCUUGUUUCUUGUGCUAAGAGAGCUAGAGAUGGAAUAUUCCAGCCACCAAUUUGAUGUUAUCGUUGUCGGAGCCGGCAUUAUGGGCAGCUCCACUGCCUAUCAACUAGCAAAAAGAGGCCAAAAAACUCUACUGCUAGAGCAGUUUGAUUUCUUGCACCACCGUGGAUCCUCACAUGGUGAGUCACGUACUAUGCGAGCAACUUACCCUGAAGACUACUACUGCGACAUGGUCAUGGAGUCCUCACAAAUUUGGGAGCAGGCUCAAUCAGAAAUCGGGUACAAGGUUUAUUUCAAAUCCCAGCAGUUCGAUAUGGGACCGUCGGACAACAAGAGCCUUCGCUCGGUUAUCUCUAGCUGUGAGAAAAAGUGCCUCUCCUAUAGAGUCUUAGACAGCCAACAAGUGGCCGACCGAUUUUCAGGCAGGGUUAGCAUACCGGAGAAUUGGGUUGGAGUGUUAGCUGAGAUUGGUGGGGUUAUAAAGCCCACCAAGGCAGUGUCCAUGUUUCAAGCAUUGGCAUUUCAGAAGGGUGCAGUUCUGAGAGACAACAUGGAGGUGAAAGACAUUGUUAGAGAUGAGGUAAAAGGAGGGGUAAAUGUGGUGACUGGAAAUGGUGAAAAGUUUUGGGGUAAAAAAUGUGUGGUUACUGCUGGCGCUUGGAUGAGCAAGUUAGUUAAAACGGUUCGCGGACUUGAACUGCCAAUACAAGCCUUCGAGACUGCAGUGUGUUACUGGAGGAUCAAAGAAGGGAAUGAGGGGAAGUUUGCCUUCGGAAGUGAUUUUCCUACCUUUGCAAGCUACGGGGAGCCUUAUGUUUACGGCACACCAUCGUUGGAGUUUCCGGGUUUGAUCAAGGUCGCCGUGCAUGGUGGGCACUAUUGUGACCCUGAUAAGAGGCCAUGGGCUCCUGGGAUUUCAUUGGAUUCUAUGAAGGAAUGGAUCAAGGGGAGAUUCUCAGGCAUGGUUGAUUACGGUGCACCGGUAGCUACUCAAUCUUGCAUGUACUCAUUGACCCCAGAUGAAGAUUUUGUGAUUGAUUUUCUUGGUGGGGAGUUUGGGAAGGAUGUGGUGAUCGGCGGUGGGUUUUCAGGUCAUGGGUUCAAGAUGGCUCCGGCCGUGGGGAGGAUUUUGUCGGACCUUGUGCUUAGUGGGGAGGCAACGGGGGUGGAAUUGAAGUGCUUCAGGAUUCAAAGGUUUCAAGAGAAUCCCAAAGGGAAUGCGAAAGAUUUUGAACACCAGGUCAAUUCCCCUUCAAAUCACAAGUAA